AUGAGGCAUAAAACGUUGAGUGAGUGCUUUAGUUUAUGUGCUACCAAAUCACAAUAUUUUCUACGAAAUGGUGCGUGUAAAUAUUCGACGUCUCUACAAGAUGCCAAACCUUAUAAAUCAAUUCCAGGGUUAUCGUCUUUGCCCUAUCUUGGACCAUUUCACCAUUUCUUGCCAGUCGUAGGGCAGUUUGGACCUAAUGUAAAUUUCUCUGAGAUGGUAGGAGCUCUACACAAAAAGCAUGGUCCCGUGGUAAAAAUGAACGGUCUAUUUGCAAGAGCUAACAUGGUGAUACUGUUUGAGCCUGACGACAUAGAUCAGGUUUACAGGUCCCUGGAGGCGAAUCCUUUACGGCCCGGCUUUGACACUAUGGUGUAUUUUAGAGAAGUUUUAAAGAAGGAUACAUUUGAUGGGGUCUAUGGGUUAACUACUGCACAAGGACCCAAAUGGCGUGAUUUUCGUACUAAGGUCAACCCAGCGUUAUUGAAGCUCAAACUAGUCAGAGUGUACACGUCAGCACUUGAAGAAAUAGCUCAAGACUUUGUGGAGAGGUUAAAGCGGAUAAAAGAGGAUAAAACAUAUAUGACAAACAAAUUCGAUUAUGAACUGACUAAAUGGUCUUUAGAAUCCGUGGCGCUCGUGGGAUUGGGGGCUCGGUUAGGAUGCCUCACGGACGAAUUGACCCCUGAGCACCCAGCAAGUAAGCUGAUGAAAUGUGCCAAAGAUAUGAUGCUUUUGUCCUUUAAGCUAGAGUUUUUUCCAAACCCUUGGAAGUAUUUUGCAACGCCAACUUUCAAGAAACUUAUGAAUACUCUAGAUACACAAUGGAACGUAAGUACAUUGUAUAUAGAGAUGGCUAGAAAGCGAAUAGCAGAGAGAGGCCACGAUGUUCCAGAAGAAGAUAAAAGCAUAAUUGAGAAACUGCUGGCUAUAGAUGAGAGGGUUGCUAUAAUGAUGGCUAAUGAAAUGUUGUUAGCUGGAAUAGACACGGUGGCUUUUACUGUAACCAGCCUACUUUAUCAUUUGGCAAUUAAUCCAGAGAAACAAGAAAAGUUGCGGCAAGAAAUCCGAUCUGACGAUCUUCACAAACGUUACUUGAGAGCUUGCCUGAAGGAAACUCAAAGAAUUUGGCACGUUAUUCCAUCCAAUUUGAGAAGAAGUGACAGAGAUCAUGUCGUUCGCGGCUAUCAUAUUCCACCAGGGGUUGAUGUCAUAGCACCGAAUGAAUAUUUAUCAAACCUUGAAAAGUAUUAUCCGCGACCCAAAGAGUUCAUACCCGAGAGAUGGUUGGCAGAUAAAACAGAUCCGUUGUACUACGGGAACGCACACCCUAUGGUCACAUUACCGUUUGGCUUUGGUAUCCGGAGUUGUAUCGGCAGAAGGAUUGCUGAACUGGAGAUUGAGAUACUAAUGAAGAAGUUGAUCGAUGAGUUCAAAGUCACAUGGGAAGGGCCACCGAUCAAGCUUGUAAAUAAGCUCAUGAACUCUUUUGAAAAGCCAUACAACUUUAGAUUUGAAACUGCUAAAUAG